AUGCACCAGCUGGUGGAGCAAUUUUUUAAGCUGAAGCCGUCUAAGUUUAAUGGGACGGGUGAUCCUGAGGCUGCAAUCCUCUGGAUCAAGGAGCUGGAGAAAGCAUUCGCACUGUUGCGAUGCUCCGGGGAGGACAAGGUAAUACUAGCGGUGUACCAGAUGCAAGGUAACACUAGUAAUUGGUGGGAAGCCACUCAAGGAAAGGUCUUCCCCGAGGGCACAGAUCUGGCUUGGAACGCUUUUGUCAAAGCUUUCAACAUAAAGUCCUUCUCGGAUUAUGUGUGGGAGCAAAAGAUGUACGAAGCAAAGUUCGUUGAGCUAUCUAGGUAUGCACCAAGAUUGGUAGAUGAACCAGUGGAAUGGGCUAGGAGGUUUAGAGAUGGUUUGAAGCCCGAGAUCAAAAGUCAGUUGGUGCCCCUGAACUUGAAGGACUAUAAUGAGCUGUACGAAAGGGUACAACUGAUUGAAAGGGACACGGCUGAGCGGGCUGCUGCAUCUGGAUCAUAG